AAGUGUCUGAGGGCAGAUUUGAACUCAGGUUCUCCUGACUUCAGGGCCAGUGCUCAUCUAGUAGCCUCUAUUAUAAUAAAACCAUAAAUACAAAAUAAGAGAAGAAAAAAUGUCAGUUACCUAGCAGAAUACAACAUCAGAUUUAAUAUAAAACAAACUUACAUAAUAAAUGCUACACGUUGUUCAGGAGCUGUCCAGCAUUUCUUUACUUCCUUGUGGGUUUUCUUUUAUUCCAUUUUAUUUUCUUUAUCUCCCGAGGAUCCUCUAUGCCCCCAAAACUGCAAUUAGGUCCAUCUAGAAUCAUACAUUAAGAAGUGUGUGAUUCUGAAAUUUGAAAUCUUACAUCUUACAAAAAUGAAUAUUGAAAACUAUACUUGUAUUUGGAAAAAUAAAAUACUAUUGGGGGGAAGGAUAGUGUUUUCAUCUGGAUAAAACUUACUUUCUGGCUUUUGCAAAAUUCACAAGAUCUUUUUUUCUUCUCUGUGAUUAUGGAAAUGUUUUGGCUCUACAGCACAUAAUACUUGCUAAUGAAAUAGCAUAGGCAAUAAAAGUCUAGACAGCCGCAAUGAGUAAAAUUUAGAAUUUAUUUGGUACCGCGCUAGGGACGGAGUUCUGAUCGAAUUCCAUGUCUCAUAGAACUAGAGACAGCCUUAUAAGCAUUUCUGUUCGGCUUGUUACAUUCUGACAUUAAACAGUGACUCAAUUUUUACAAGAGAAUGGGGAUUUUACUGGAUGAAACGAGAAUCCACCGGGCCAGAUGUUUUAACAUAGAUAGGGAUCAGGGUUUUGAGACCACCCUCAAGGAACAGAUACCCUUAGGAGCAUUGUUGAUCUGGCACUUUGAAGUGCAAAAGAAGUCCCCUAAUCUAGCUGAGCAAACAUUCUUCUGCUAGCCUAAGGCCUUUGAAGUACUGCUAAAGAAGGGGGCCAGUCCUUUGCCCAUUUCACUACCUUCACACAAACACUUCAUGCCAUUUUCUUAACAUAGCACUGUCUGAUUUCACCUCGAAAAAUCCUCAUCUCUCUCUGAUAGAACCCAUAACUUUCCUGAUUCCACAGGCAGUACCAUUUCCUAGUAAGACUUUCUCAAUUUUAUUCCACCAGAAAAUUUAAAAUGUGUUUCUUUAUAUUCCACUGGUCUUUGGGUGACUUUGGUUUCAGUGCUGGCUCUGAAUCCUGUAAGGGCUGUCACCUUUGGGCAGAUCCCUCCUCUAUGCUUCAGGUCCUUUCUAUAAAUUGAGGAGCAUUGGAUUAGGUCAGUUAUGAAAUGUGCUUCAACUCUUAUGUUCUUUGGGUGUUGGUGUUUUAGGAGUUGGUGACCUUCAAGGAUGUGGCUGUGGACUUCAGCCCAGAGGAGUGGGGUCUGUUGGAUCCAGAUCAGAAAGAGCUGCACAAGGAGGUCAUGCUGGAGAAUGCUGAGAACUUGCUUUCCCUGGGUCUGGACGCUGAAGCAAAAAGAUGAAAUUACUUGCCCAGAGUCACACAGCCAGGACGUAUCUAAAUCUCAAUUUGAAUUCUGGGCUUCCUGACUGCAGGCCUGGUGCCCCCUUCUCUGUGCUUCCAGCUGCUUCUAAUGUCCAGAAAAUGGAAGCUGUGGGAUGUGGCCAUCCUGCUGGGAAGGAGGCAGCACAAGCGGGAUCUUCUGCUUCCAGAUUGCCUGCAUGGUCUCCUUUCCCCUCUGCCCUCUUCCCCUGGCAAUAAGCACCCUGAAAACCAUCUUUGAGUUGUCCUUGGAACCACCCAGUGGGCCUCAAACCUCCUCAUUCCAAUGAGGAAUAAGUAACAAGUGUCCAGGCUCACACCCACUAUCUUCCCCCUCUCUAGGAGUUCCAGUUCCCAGAGAAAAUUUCAUCUUCCAUGUGGAGAGAAGAGGCCUGAGGAACUCCUGUCCUGAUGCAGAGACAUGGUUUGAUACAAAGGAGAUGAGUGCAAAUCUGAAAAUGAUCUCAUGGAAAGACCUUUUUCAAAAUAGCGAAUACAGGGCUGUUCUUGGUAAGCACAAAAGAAACCACAUUGGAGAGGAACACUGUGAAUGGAGUAUACACAAAAAAGCUUUAAGAAAGAGUUCCAAUGCUGCUAAAGAUAAGAAUAUACAUCCUAAAGAGAGGACACCUGAGUGUCCUGAAUGUGAUAAAUCUUUUAUUGCUCUCUCUUCCCUUGCCAAGCAGAGAAUCCAUGCUGGAGAGAAAUCUUAUGAAUGUAAGAAACAUUUAAGAGAGCCAUCUACUCCUGCUAAACAAGAGAGAAUUAACACAGAAAACCAAUCUUACAAAUGUAAUCAAUGUGGAAAGGAUUUCCAGUGUUAUUCCAAAUUGGCUCAACAUCAGAGAAUCCACACUGGAGAGAAAUCUUAUGAAUGUAUUGAAUGUGGAAAGUCUUUUACACGGAGUUACAGACUUCAUGAACAUCAGAGAAUCCACACUGGAGAGAAGCCUUAUAAAUGUAAUCAAUGUGGAAAGACUUUCACAAAACGUUCCUGUCUUUCUAUGCAUCAGAGAAUCCACACUGGAGAGAAGCCUUAUGAAUGUAAUGAAUGUGGAAAGACAUUCAUACGGAGUUACAGACUUCAUGAACAUCAGAGAAUCCACACUGGAGAGAAGCCUUAUAAAUGCAAUCAAUGUGGAAAGGCUUUCACAAUGAGCUCCUGUCUUGAUGCACAUAAGAGAAUCCACACUGGAGAAAAGCCUUAUGAAUGUAACAAAUGUGGAAAAACUUUCUCUUCUCACUCCAGUCUUACUGUUCAUCAGAGAAUGCACACUGGAGAGAAACCUUAUGAAUGUAACGAAUGUGGAAAGACUUUCACAAAUCGCUCCAGUCUUGCUAAACAUCAGAGAAUCCACACUGGAGAGAAGCCUUAUGAAUGUAAUGAAUGUGGAAAGACUUUCAUACAACGUUCCAGUCUUACUGUCCAUUGGAGAAUCCACACUGGAGAGAAGCCUUAUGAAUGUAAUGAAUGUGGAAAGACUUUCAUACGGAUUUACAGACUUCAUGAACAUCAGAGAAUCCACACUGGAGAGAAACCUUACAAAUGUAAUGAAUGUGGAAAGGCUUUCACAAAGCGCUCCCAUCUUGAUGCACAUAAGAGAAUCCACACUGGAGAGAAACCUUAUGAAUGUACCAAAUGUGGAAAGGCUUUCAGAAAGCGCAGCCAUCUUACUUCCCAUCAGAGAAUCCACACUGCAGAGGAGGCUUUUGAAUGUAAGCAAUGUGGAAAGACUUUCAAAUACAAAAACAGUCUUGAAAACCAUCAUAAAAGCCACACUGGGGAGAAGUCUUAAUUCAUAGGACUUCUACUACAUUCAGUAGUGACUGUGGAAAGGCUUUCACCCAGCACCACAGUCUUGAUAAACAUGAGAAAACCUACAUUGAAUGUAGAAACCUUCAAGCAAAGCUCAAAUCUUGCUUAACAACAGACAGUAUAUAUUAGAGAAAAACUUUGAGUGUCUGGAUCAUUGAGAAGUUUUUAACAUAUUAGUUCCUGACUAGACAAGGGAGAGCCAAUACUAGAUAUAAAAUCUCAUUCAUAUAAUCCAUGUGGAAAAACAUUCAGGCUCACUUCAUCCCUGAAUUGCCUCCAGCAAAGUUCUAGAAGAUUGAAAUCAUGGAUAAAGGCAUAUAGAUGGAGGACAGAGCUUGUUAGUCAGCAGGGAUUUUCUGCUUGGGAAUAAAUCUUUUGUAGACUUGGCAUGGGAAGGUCUUUAGCUCAGGUUCAUCUCUGAGUUUAUAUCCGAGGAUAUGGAGUGGAGAGAAGACUUAUAAAUGUGCUGAAGGAAGACCUAUUUACCUGGAAGUUAAAGGUCACCAGACAUCACCAUAUACACAUUGGAAAGAAAUAUUAUAAGAACUACAUUUGUAGAAAAGCUUUCACCUGGAUCUCAUACUUUGUAUAGAAAUCUUGCUUCAGAUAAAACUUAUAAAUAUAAUGAAUGAGGGAAUGUCCUACAGCACAGAUCUCAUUAGACAUUACAAUUUUAUAUUGUGUAUAAGUUCUGAAAAUUGAUUGAGUUUGUCUCUGAAAUCCCAAGAUUCCUUAUUACUCCUGUAUAAUAUUUCAUGGUAUUCCUAUGGUAUAACUUCGGCCAUUCUUCAUUUGAUUACUACUCACUUUGUUUCAUGAUAUUAGGUGGCAUAAAAAGUCCUAAUCUAAAUAUUUUUAUUCUGUUGGAUAUUUAUUUUUAUAAUGACAUUUUUAUACUGGUGGACACAACAGAUGAAGGAGGGCUUUUUCUAAAAGUGCAAAACCAAUGUUCUCUGAUAAUUAUUAUGUAACUUUGGGCAAGUCAUUUAACCUAUUCCGGCCUGAGUUUCUGCAUCUGCACAUACUUUUUCAGUUCAAAAUGCAAUAAAAAUUUUCUUUAAUAAAGAACCAUGUAAACAGAUCAAAAACAGAGAUUAAGCAACCAAAUUUUAGUGAGUGGGUUAAAGAAUAAAGAUAAAUAUAAGAUCAUGAAAAUGUGACAACAUAGAAAAACUUUUGGAAUAGACUAAAAGCCAUAGUCAGUAGAUAUUUUAUAUCUCUAAAUGCUUACAUCAACAGAAUAGAGAAAAAGGAAACCAAUGAGUUGGUUAUGUAAAAGAGUAGAAAAAAAGAAUGAAUAAAAACUCUAAUUAAACAUUGAAUUGGAAUUCCUACAAAUUAAAGAUAAGAUUAACAAAAUUGAAUAAAAAAUGCAUUAGUAAAAUUGUUUUUAUAAAAAUACAAUAAAACAGACAAAUCAAUCAUAUUUAAUAAGAGAAGGAAACCAAAUCACUAGUAUUAAAAAUAUGAAAGAUGAAUAUACCACUAAUGAAGAUUAAAUUAAAGCAACUAAUUGAAAUUAUUCUUUUCAACAUUCACCAAAAAUGUAAACUGCCUAAAAUAGCAGAAGAGAAAAUAAUGUAUUUGGACAAACCUAUUUCAGAAAAAAAAAAAGAAAUUGAACACAGCAUAAAUAAACUUAAGAAAAAAAGCAUCACACGAAGAUGUUAUCAAAUCUUUAAAAAUCAAGACAAAACUAUUAACAAUUGAUUCUAUCAGUAAUAAAACUUUUACAUCAUCAUUCUAUUAAUAGAUGCAAAUUUAUUUUGAUAAAAUACAGCAUUCUUUUAUAUUUACAUAUAUUUGGAUGUGAAGGUAUAAAUGGAUUUUCCUCAAAUUGUUAAAAAGCAGUUAUCUAAAACCAUCAGUAGGGAUUUUCACGGGGAUGACUUAGCAGCUUUUACAGUAAGAUCAGAAGUGAAAUAAGGAUGCCCACAUAACUACCAUUAUUCAGUGUUAUAUUGGAAACCACCUAGAUAGGUGAGUGAGGUGAGAGCAGGUACAGGAACAUUGUUAUCACAGGUCAGAGGUGAAGGAUUCAUUUUCAGAUACUUUUUAGCAAUGGAAUUGGGCAAUUCACUGAACCAUUGAGUCUGUUUCCCCAUCUAAGAAAUGAGUGGGGUUGGAGUGUAUGUUUUCUUACAAAAAUAGGUCUAACCACCUCCCAGCAUAUUUACCUCCCACUUCCCACCCCACCUCUGAGCUUUUGCUAGUUGCCUUUGUCUUUGCUAAUGGGGGGGAUCAUCUGACCUUCAGCGCCACAAGCCUUCCUUCCUCAAUCCCCUCAUCUACACUCCCCUCCCCACCAUCACUGUUUUUCACAUCCUAAAUGCUUCCCAAACAGCAGAGGUUACCAUCCCCAGAUUUAUCAUUGAUUCACAUUUUCCCAAUUUCAGACUGUGUAGAAAAGGUGAAGAAUUUACAGAUCAAGCACAUAAAUUAAUUGAAGUCUUAAAGGCCUCACUUUUGGCUUCUCCAGAAACAAGUGAUUUUAGAUAAGGCCUGGACUACAUUCCAUUGUACAUUCCACUGACGACAUAGGGGAAUAGAGAUUUAUGUGACCAAUCACACCAUAUAGAGGGUAGGAUUUUGGGGGUUCUUUGUUUGAAAUGUAUAAAAACUGAGCAUUUUCAAGAAAGUGGUUUUCUCCUGCUGUGGGCUUUGGCUCACAGACCAGAGUAGGAUCCACAGCUCGGGAUUCUAAUAAAUAAAUUCUGCUUUUUAUGAGUGAUCAA